AGGGAGCGGAGCUGUGCGCCGGCGGGGUUGACGGUGAAUUAGCGGCGGGAAUGGAGUGAAGAAGAGAGCCCCGGCGGCGGCUCACUGGCAAUGCGCGGCGGCGGGGCCGGGUGCGCGGGAGCUGGCGGCACAGCACGACCCUCGACUGGACGGGGAGGAGCUCGGAGCCAGGCCCAACCCCCGGGCCCGGCAGUGCUUCCUGCUGUGGUCGGGUGGAGGCCCCACGCCGGCUGACAGUCGGGCGGAGACGGAGAGCGCCGAUAGGUUCACUGAAGGGGUUUUCUGUCCUUCAAUUUCACAGCUUCCAUUGUUUGCUUGUGUUGUGAAUAAAAUGGCAGUUCAUGGCCUCGUCCAAGAGUGAGGAGUGUGCUACAGAUCCCAGUUCCAAGAACUACCAUAAAACUUUGCUGAGCUCAAGCAUAAAACCCUUCAGAGCUUUUCAAACACAGGAGUGUAGGCCAUCUUAUUCUGUUGCCCAGCACCCACUAUGGGAAUGGGAUGGUUGCCAUGUGAUUGUACCUGUAAGAAAAAAAAAUGCUUGCUUUGGAAUAUCUCAUCAUGUUCUUUCUCACUCCUACCCUGCUAUGGCAAGGGGCAAUGGCAGACAAGCAAUGCCAAGUUCAUACAGUGGUUUUCAUUCUAAUGUUUUGGUUAGCCCUUUUGAAACCUCAUCAAUUUAUGAUCGAACUAAUCACAACUACAGAUCGUAUCAGAAGCUAGAGUCCCUUGGUUCACGGCUCAGUGGGCUAGGAAAUAGAACAACAGCAUCUUCAUCAUGUUUUAAUGGAUUUAUCCAUUCAAUUCCUUCCAGAGCAAUCUCUUGUGACAGCCUAAUGAAAUGGAACAGUGGUAUUUCACCAAUUACACACCACUAUAAUUCCCAUAAUGCAGGUUGCGAGCUUGUGUCCAUGAGCAAAAAUAACCCCAAUCAUAUAGGUAAACCUACUUCACUCUAUCGGAAACCAUUGUUAAACACUAAUGCAUUUAUGAGACCUACCAGUGCCAAAGUGCCUUUGCACCAGAAAUGGGCAAAGAGCCCCAAACCUGUGACUACACAUGGAGACAAUGAGAUUGGAGAUGCAGAAAGCCCAGCUAAAUACAAUGGGAUCAGUGCCAAGGUCUUCCCUGGAAGUCCUGUUCGCCCUAACACAGAGGAUAAAAUUGAGCGACCCGUUCAUCAAAAUGAACAUUUCCAUAAUAACUUGAAGAGUGCUAUCAAACUAACAAAAAGCAUCCCUGGUGAUCCAGAAUUAAAAUUUACUGAAGCUGUGAAAAGAUCAUCAGAAGACCGCAUUCCAAAGAAUAAUGUCCAUGAGCGAUGUGUGACUUUUUCUAAAGAAACUGAAGGCUUGUCUUCCCAAGGUAUUCACCUUCACAAUGUUACAUACAACAGUGCUGGGGGAAUAUUUAAAAGAACUGCACCAAAUCUCAUUAAGGAGAGUAAUUUACCGUCAGCCUUGAAGUCUGAGUAUGUAUAUACCAAUGGUAACUUGGAACAUCCAGUUAAAGAAAACAGUGCAAGUAAAGAAAAUAUCAUCACUAGUUCUAGCAAAACAUCUGGUGUUUUGUCCACCAGUAUGAACAUCCACAAUAAUAGCCCAGUCACCUUACCAGAGAACAUUGGUAUGCAUCAAGGAUCUGACCAGACAAAGAAACAGAUUAUCUUUUCCACCCCCAAAGCUAAUGUUGGCUCACUCACACUUCAGAUAGCUGCCAUGCAGCUCAGGCCUGGAAACAAAAUUGUUAACGAUCCAGAAAACUCCAAGACGGAGGCAGAUUCUCAGAACUCAAAUGUUGACAUUGAAGGGGAAGACACUGCAGAUGGUUUGGAGGAUGCCAGCAGCCAGGAUUGUGAUGAAGAGUCUGAGUGUUCUACAAUUGCAGAUUCUUAUUCUACGAUGUCAAUGGACGGUUCAACCAAGAUGAAUUUUAAUGAAGCAAUGCCUGAGUCUCCUGAUAUAAAGAAUGCUUCUCAUGUUGGGUAUUCACAAGCUCAAGAGUGUAAACAUCAAGUUGCUAAGCCAGCAUUAAUAAAAAGCCUGUUUCAUGAUAUGCCUUUGAUGAUUUACUUUGGGACACCAAAUGAGAAAAUCGAACAGUUGCCAUGGGAGCAAAGGAAGCAAAUGAAAUGGAAGAUGUCAGCUGUAACCCCCAUAGUUGUGAAAAACACUGUAGCCAGAUCCCACUUCAAAAUCACUAAAAGAUCAUACGAUUGGUUGGGUUGCUGGGGACACCAUAUGAAGUCACCACUUUUCAAAACUCUCCGGGAGUAUCAGAAGCUGAAUCACUUUCCAGGAUCAUUUCAAAUCGGGCGCAAGGAUCGCCUGUGGCGUAACUUACUGAAAAUGCAGGUACGAUUUGGGAAAGCAGAGUUCAACUUUUUUCCACAAUCCUUCAUCCUCCCUCAUGACAUCAAACUGCUGAAGAAUGUCUGGGCAGAGGGCUCUACCAAACAGAAAUGGAUCAUCAAACCACCUGCAUCUGCAAGAGGAAUUGGAAUCCAAGUCAUUCACAAGUGGAAUCAGAUCCCAAAGAAGCGGCCUCUGCUGGUUCAGAAAUACUUGCACAAACCCUACCUCAUUGGUGAGAGUAAAUUUGAUUUGAGAAUUUAUGUCUACGUAACCUCGUAUGAUCCGCUCAGGAUAUACAUGUUUACAGAUGGCCUGGUCCGUUUUGCAAGCUGCAAGUAUUCAUCUUCCAUGAAGACGCUUGGUAACAAAUUUAUGCAUCUCACAAACUACAGUGUAAAUAAACUAAAUGCGGAAUACAAGCCCAACUGUAGUGAAAAGCUUUGUCAGGGACAUAAGUGGAGUCUUAAGGCACUGUGGGUGUAUCUGAUUCAGAAGGGAGUGAAGAUUGAAACAUUACAGGAGCAAAUGAAGGAUGUGAUCAUCAAAACUAUCAUAUCGUCUGAGUCUUAUGUGAACAGCCAGAUAAACUUAUAUGUAAAGAAUCGUUAUACCUGCCAUGAACUAUUUGGAUUUGACAUAAUGCUUGACGAGAACUUGAAGAUAUGGGUUCUAGAAGUCAACAUCUCACCAAGUCUGCACUCAAAUUCUCCAUUGGACAUUAACAUCAAGGGGCAGAUGAUAAGUGAUCUUCUGAAUCUAGCUGGAUUCAUUAUCCCUCAAAAAGAAGAUAUCACUCCAAAUCUCACAAAAAGUACAUCAGCAACCAGGCCAAAAAGUAGUGAACUUUCACCAGAUGAGAAGCUGAAGCGGGUAUAUUACCUGAGUCAGAAAUCGCCAUCCAAGGAUUUCUAUUCCACUCUGUUGGACAUCCUCACCACUGAAGAUAUUCGGAUGUUAAUGGAGUCAGAGGAUGAGUACAAUCGUAGGGGACAGUUCGAACGGAUCUUCCCCUCCCUGUUCUCCUCAUGCUAUCUCCGAUUUUUUGAACAGCCCCGGUAUUAUAACAUCUUGCUUGACUUGUGGGAGCAAAAGUAUGGCCAGAACAGGCAGGAAGGAAUAGAAAUGCUGCAAGAACUGAGUUAUAGAAGAGUUCACUUGGGAUUAUCUGUUAAUCCUGCACAUGCCUGGCAUGCACCCAAAAAUAACUUGACUCCGAAGGUAGAUGUCAGCCAGAAUGGAGUGCGCAAGCCAAGCUCCUCCUCUGAGAGUCAAAGUUCACCACAAAUUACAGCCAUGAAGCAAGAAUCCAUUCCACCGCCACAGAAGCAGAUAGCCAUUCAACAGCUGACCUGAGGGCUGUUGAACAAGCUGCUACCACAGAUGGCCAGCAGAGUAGUACUCGUUUUCCCGCCAACCCCUUUCUGCGGGCAGAACCUACAGUCAAUUCCUGAGAGCUUGAUUCCUAAGUCUACCUCAGCUGAGGAAGAGGUCAAGGAGAGCAGGGAAGUUAGCCGUUUGUCAUGUGCAGACUUGUUCUCUGGACCGUAUUUGUUGAGCACAGAACCUCUUCAAUUCAGGACCUGGCGUUGACACCAGUUGUUUACUACAUUAUGACAGUGCAAACUAUGCAUCUAAAUGAGUGCUAGCCUUAAGGAAAUGCUGAAUUAAUGUACAGAAAUUUUACCAGCUCCCUGCGGCACUCCACCCCACUCCUUAUUUGGCUGACGUUAGAAACCGGCUAACCUCUUGAUAAUCCUCCAUUUUGGAUGAACGCAAGUGCUACUUCACCACAGUUAACUGUUAUACAGUAUUCAAAAUGGCCUUGCAGUUGGGCUGUAAAUUCUUGUGCUGAGCAAAAUUGUCGGUCUAUGCCACCAAGAACGUCUUUGAAGUGGCGUGAAGUGAAGUGUUUUAUGACAUGCCCAGUGAAUGUGUAAUGUUAAUUCUCAUUUAUCAUUAAGACCCAAUGCAUACUUUCACUGCUGUUUUCCAUCCCUCACUGUGCAAGCAUCGUUGUGUGACCUGUCAUUGACUUAGUGCCUUGUGUGAUUUAAAGAUUAUCAUUCUUUUAUACCAAAAAGCCCUCAAGGUCUAAAGUUGCCUUACAGCUAGAAGUUGCUCACAAAAUAUUACUUCAGAAUUUUGUAAAAACUGCAAUGUUUGCACAAACAGUUUACAGCAUUUGGUGAACAGUCUUGCACCAUGACUGCCUUAAUCAGUCGGUAACCAGUCGUUUGUUUUUACAGGCUUUAAGAUCUGAGCUAAAUGACUGAUUAGUCUGUGAGUAGCAUUUGUGAUGACUUGAUAAAUGAUUUGUAUUUUCUGUAUCCACUGGAAAACACCCAGUCUUGUCAAAGUUAGAGUGUACUCAAAACAAGCCAGCCUGUGGCUCAGGAGAGCUGAAAUACCUUUGUAUCAGUGGUUGCUGAUGGGAUGGGAAUAGUUCUGUUGCAAGGUCUUGACCAUAGGAAAAAAGGAAAAGGAUUUUAAUAGAAAAGAAUACACUGUAUAUUAACCAUCAGGUUAUGUUAACCUUGUUUGUGUCAUCUUCCUACCUGAGAUUUUGUACACAAACAACUGAUCUCACUUGGGAGAGCAGGUUUCUGCCCAAUACAUUGGUCUUUACCUCUCAAAAGUUGAAUAAGUUCCAGAAUUUCAGUGAGCAGAUCUCACCUCUUUCUACCUAGAGGAAGUAUUGUCUCUAAUCUCCAUCUUUCAGUUGGAUGUUAUCAGAAGGUCAGUAUGGUGACAUGGAUAAACUGUCCUGACUAAUUUUGAGAGGAGUUGAUUUGACUGCUUGUUCUUGGAUAUAUAAAAUGGCUAAAUUCCAUUGUGAGCAUUUACACCCUCCAUCCCUUCAGAACAAAUAGUUCCAACUUCUAGUACUAAUCAACCCUUAUGUGCAUACGUACGAAGUGCCUUGAAGACUGAAGUGCCUCAUCCAAAAAUUUUUUUUUUGUUCUGUCACCCUAGGCAUUACAAAGUGUGCCUUGUGUCCCAAUUCUGACUGGUUGUAAAAGACUUAACCAUAUUGUCCCUUCCACAUGUAAUGAGUUGUUUUCCUCCCCCACACCCCCACAAGGGGAAUCCUGAUUGUUUUUCUUUCAUCUGUAUCCUGAUCCUUGUGAAAACAAACAUAAGAUCAAUAGCUGAAGGAAUUCAUGAAGCACUUUUGGUCCAGCUUGCUUCCUGCUGAAGCUUUUGGGGACACUUUAGCUGAUGGAGAUAAGCGUACUGAAGUUUGUGCAGUGAUGGACUGGGGUUUCCUGUUGCUGGUGUUUCUGUAGCCUUUAGAAAAUGCUGGGUUUACAAUAAAACUCCACAGCUGAUCUCUCACAUAAACAAUGAUGAUUUUAUUAGAAAUGAUGAAAGAAUAGAACCAUUAGUACUAUCAGACUGCUUUCACAGUCAUCUUUAACAUGUCUUGGGCUUGCUGUAGUUUUAACGUUUACAAUAUACCAAUGAAUCAGGGGUCAAACUAGCUCUGAUUAGUGAAAGAACAACUAAUUAACAAAGCAGUGGAUAUCCCUCGUGGGAUGCCUGCUUAGUCCACUUGGUUUAAUAAUAAUAAGCCUGUUAGUGCAAGAACAAUUAGUGAUUGUCACCACUUGGAGCCCUUUAUCUCCCCCAUAACAGAAACAGUCAAAUUUCCAUUAUGGCAAUAAUUUGAAUAAGUUUCAGAACAUCUGUGUGCAUAUUAAUUAGCGAUUCCUAAGGCUGAAGACUGAAAUGUGGUACUGCUUUAAACAUAAGAUUCUUAAUAAUGUUUAAAAGUAAAAGGGUUGAAUCUACACCAUUUUUACAUGCAUGUAUCUGUAUUAAAUUUGAUACAGCUGGAAUGGUUUGGUGUUUUUCCAGUGUCUAUGAAGGACUAUAUGGGUAAAGAGCUGGGUCUCACCUACAUUAGCUCAUUCAAGAAAGAAAUUAUUUACAAGACUGGAAGGUCUCUCAAAUUUUCAAAGUGGUUCAACUUUUGGUUUCUCCACGACUAGUUCUGCACUUGCCUCCAGCUGCAGGAGCCAGUGUUCCAAUAAACGUAUGGAGAUGUGCACUAGAUACAAACUGUGAUGCCAUUUUGUAAUAAUUCAAAAUCUGUUGUGUGUUGAACAGAUUUUUUAAAAUCACUAAUAAAGAGAACUAUGU